GGAGUUUCGACUUGUACCUUGUGCAGCCCUCAUAGCAUCAUACUCAUUGGUUUAAAAUGCAAACAAAAGUGUAAUAUUGAUGUAAAUCUAAAUUAUUAUUCUCCAUGUGACUCCUGGAUGUUUAUUUUGCUUUGGGACCUGGCAGGCCUUUCUGAGAGGGGAAUCUCACAGGCAGUUUGUGUUCAUCACUGGUACAAAUUUCCACAGAUAAUGGAGAAUUCGAUGCCUCAAGAUGAAGCACCAUGGUAUUCGCAAAAAGUGUAUGCAAGAUACUGGAAGCAUUACAACCAAGCCAUGGAGUGGAUGCAUAGGCACAAAAAUGCUUACAGGAAAGCCAUGGAGUCCUUCUACAACCAGUCAUUUUGUCCUCCUGAAAACCAUCCCAGAGUGCGUUACCCUGACUGGGAUGGAAAGUUCUGGAGAACUGGACCAUAUUCUCUCUACACCCAAAGCAUCAGACCCAGGUGCACACCCAGGCCUCAGCCUGCCCCUCGUAACAGCAGAAGAGAAGCAGCAGAGAGAGAUUCUGAAACAGAUGAGAACUCUGAUGAUGAGGAAGCCAUCGAAUAUGACCUUAGCAACAUGGAAAUCACGGAAGAGCUCCGCCAAUAUUUUGAACAGACAGAGAAGCACAGGGAAGAGCUGCGAAAACAGCAGCAGCUUGAGGCAGAACACCAGGAGAUGUAUGUUGACGCUGACCAUGACCUUCACCUAUCAACAGGUCGGUCAGCACAGCCCCCAGCUGAAAAGCCUGGUGAGAGGAGAAUGGCUGAAAUGAAAAAACUCUACGGUGUGGGUGCCAGCAAAAUCCAAGCAAUGGAGACCACCAUGCAACUCAGCUUUGAUAGGAACUGUGAUAAAAAGCAGCCCAAGUACUGGCCAAUUAUUCCUUUGAAACUCUGAGUGUGUGUCUGAAACUCUGAGCUGUGUGUCUUGAUCCCUUUUAGGAGACUCAAGGCUGCAUAUCUUGAUGCUCAACCAAGCAGAAGGAUUAAGCGAAUGACUCAAGAGUCAGCAAAAGGAUCUUUUUAUUUUCCUUUCCCCUUUCCAACUCUACUUUGAAUCUCUCUGCCAGUUUCCAGAGUCCAUUCUAACUCAACAGGAAGAGCUGAAUUGGUCAUUUGUACUGUAGGGAAUAGUGAAAAUGCUCUUCUUUAAUAAUAAUAAAAAAAUCAACUAAUUCAAUUUUGGCAUGCCUCAGCCUUGCAGGAAAUUAAGUAGCAUUUGCUUUUCAUUUAGUUGUGUUAGGAAAAGGGUUAAAGAAUACUCAGACUGUUAUUAAUUGUAGGCUGUCCCUGUCAGAAAUACAACAUUUCUUGUAUUUCUUGAUUCAUUUUUAGCAUGUUACACUAGUUUUGCCAUGGGUUUUAAAUGUGACUCUUUUUUCUUUCUUUCUUUAUGAGCCUCACUUACUGAUGUUCUGUAGACAGCUGAAGCAGUUGUCCAAAGCAUGAUAUAUUCAGCUACUAUACUAUAACUAUUUUAGUUAUUUCUCAGACAUUUUAAUAGUACAGGAAAAUUUUCUUCCAGACUAAACCUGGCCUGUAAAAUUUCAAGUCACGCAAACAUUUAAAACCAUUUUUUCUCAUGUUGGUUUGUCUGUCUUUGUUAUGCAACUAGGUAAUAAACAUUUAUAAGAUUAA